GACCCCAAGCAAUAUCCUGGUCAACAUAUGUCAGUUUUCAUCACUGGAGAGGAGAUUCAGAGAAUUAGGGAUAACUUUGUUACUUUCCUUCCUCAUCCCAAUCGAAUUCAUGGUAGCCAUGAUAGCAGAAGGAACCAGCUUCUUCGAUGUCUUCUUGCCUUUCCUCCUCCUCCUCCCACUUCUGGUCUUUCUCAUCCUAAAGCUUUUAAAAGAUUCAUCUUCGCUCAAAUCUCCACCACUCCCACCAGGACCUUCUCCAUGGCCAAUCUUAGGCAAUCUUUUGCAUCUGGGAAACAUGCCUCACAUCAGUUUAGCUCGCUUUAGCCAGUCCUAUGGUCCUCUCAUCUCGCUAAGACUCGGAUCCCAAAUCUUGGUGGUGGCAUCAACAUCCUCCGCCGCCAUGGAAAUUCUCAAGACACAUGAUCGUGUUCUAUCUGGUAGAUAUGUUCCUCACGCAGUACCAGCCAAGAAUUCUGAAAUCAACCGCGUGUCUCUUGCAUGGGCAGUUGAGUGCAAUGAUGCAUGGAAGAACCUAAGGACAGUUUGUAGGGCUGAACUUUUCUCAACCAAAGUAAUGGAGUCUCAAGCAUGGGUGGGAGAGAAGAAGGUGAUGGAGAUGGUGAGAUUUGUGAGCACAAAGGAGGGGGAGGUGAUGAAAUUUGGAGAAGUGGUGUUUGCUACUGUACUUAAUACCCUGACUACUGUUCUUAUGUCCAGAGAUUUUAUCGGCUUUGAGGAUGAUAAUAAGGAUGGAGGCAUGAAAGGACUUGUAAGGAAAAUGAUAAUGGCCAUGGCUGCGCCGAAUUUGGAUGAUUUUUAUUUAAUUUUCAGUGGAUUGGAUCUUCAAGGUCUGAACAAGAAGACCAAGGAGCUGAUUGCAAGGAUUUGUUCUAUGUGGGAGUCUGUCAUCAGAGAGAGAAGAGAAGGUGCAAGCGAUGACCCAAGCAAGCAGGACUUCUUGAAUAUUCUGAUCCGCAGCGGCUACUCGGAUGAUCAAAUCAAUCAAUUGUUCAUGGAGUUGCUUACUGCAGGGGCAGACACCAGUAGUUCAACAUUGGAGUGGGCAAUGGCAGAACUGAUAAAAAGUCCAGAAUCCAUGAAGAAAGUCCAUGAAGAACUUGCAAGAGAAAUCAGUGAUAAUCUGCUAAAAGCAUCUGAUCUACCUCACCUACCAUACCUCCAAGCCUGUGUCAAAGAAACCCUGAGGCUGCACCCCUCGGUACCAUUGCUCCUUCCUCGCCGUGCAUCAGUCUCAUGUGAAGUUAUGAAUUAUACCAUUCCAAAGGACUCUCAAAUAUGGGUAAAUGCCUGGGCAAUUGGGAGAGACCCCAUGAAUUGGGAAGACCCUCUAGUGUUUAAACCAGAGCGCUUCCUCAACUCAGCUGUAGACUUCAAAGGGAAUAAUCUAGAAUUCAUACCCUUUGGUGCUGGAAGGAGAAUAUGCCCUGGUCUGCCCAUGGCUGCAAGGCUUCUUCCUUUGAUUCUUGCCUCCUUGACCCAUUUCUUUGAUUGGUCUCUUCCAAAUGGAACCACUCCAGUUGAGCUAGACAUGAACGAUAAGUUCGGUAUAUCAUUGCAGAAGGAACAACCUCUACUCAUCAUUCCUAAAGUUCGAAAAUGAUCAAGAGAAGCUCUUCAUUUUCAUUGAUUUCCAUACUUAUAUUAUCUAUGUCAGUUGCUGUUGAAAAAAGGGUACUCAAAACUGUAGCUGGUAUAUUUCUAUAUUUUGGAUUGUUUUACUUCUACUUUUACGAGGAUCUCAAUGUGACAUCAAGCUUGUAUAACAAAAACUAUGAGAUAUGUGAGAA